CGAGAGUGGAGGUGCGCGGUUGCUUGAUUUUUGCGUUGCACGCGGUUGUGCUGUGCACAUUACCUGAGGUGUUUCUCACCCUCAGCUAACGUGUGUUGAUGAUGCUGAUGAUGGAGAGUCUCCUCUACAAGCCUCUAGAAAUGCGUUGCACCCGCAGAAACUUGUCCGUUCUCCAACUCAGUCUAUACACGUAACAUAGCAUCUCCGCUCCGGUUGAUCCCCGUGAUAACGUGUACGGCCCUUCUCCAAUUUUUCAACAGCUUCACACCUUCAAAAGCCAUAAAUCGCUCCCCGGUUGUGUUCGCCUCGUACAAUCUAUUCUUCGUUGUAGUAAAGUAUACUUUUUGUCCAUCACUCGGUGAGUCAAUGUCAACUUCCUAUAGUAAGCGAGAUCCAUUGCUCCUGAGUCCUGCCAGUAUACAGACUAUAUCUUCGAAGAGCUCAAAGAUAAGUGAUCAGAGCGAAUACACUCUAUCAUUUCCUAAUCAACAUCGUAUUGAGCUAAUGAACGGUGACGUCGGACAGUACAUUGAGCAAACUAUGAUUUUGGAUAAACCUGGCUUUAGCAUUCGAAGUCACAUGUCCAUUCAGUCCCCGAAAAUGUCUCCAGAUUCUACCCUCACGCACCCCCCUCUGUCGACUUGCGCAAACAUAUCUCACCUUCCUCACAGUUCCCCAGGACUCUGUGUCUCUGGUUCUACUCAGUCGUCUCUCCGUGAGAGUUCCCUCCGUUCUGCUCUGACCGACACUCACGAUAGACAGCGCGUCGGAAGUUCCGAUAGUAGUACCUCUGCUCAUGUGCCAUCUAUGCAGUUGAAAUCAGAACACUCUCGUCCCACUUACUCCUCCAGUCCAGUGAGUCGCUCAAUCGCAACUGCUGUAUCAAAUGCGUCAAGACCCUGCACGCCAAACAGCGCUGGUACUACACCUAAUUCUGGUUCCGUGCCAUCUAGCACAACCCCAGUGAAAAAGUCUUCUCGCCGCAAUCCCUGGGGCUCAGAAACCUACUCUGAUCUCAUCACUGUUGCAAUCCACUCGUACCCGGACCAACAGGCCACUUUGCAGCAGAUCUAUGACUUCAUCAUUACACAUUACGACUACUUCAGGGAACGCAGCGAUCCAACUACUUCAGCCGGAUGGAAAAACUCCAUCCGACACAACCUGUCGUUGCAUGACCGGUUCACAAAGUGCCCAAAGUCCUCAGACAACACCAAGUCAUCGUACUGGCGGAUCAACACAGAUGUGGCAGCUAGGCCGUACAUACGCCGCAGAGCAUGCUCCAUGGAUACAAACAACCGUAAACGCCCUGGCAAAUCCGGUAGUCGUGGAUCAAUCAACGGGUUGCGUGGUGUUCGGCACUCGGGCUCGCACAACGGCACAUCGUUAACUAGCACCUCAGGAGCAUUGGGAACCAGCGCUGCUCAUGUACUCUUACCAUCUCUGUGCGAAAUGCAGUGCGUCUCCUUGGACUUGGCCGGCGAUGGUGGAAUCGAUGAGUGCGGCCGAUCACGCGAUUUUCGUUUUUACCCCAAACCCUUUCCGUCUAACGAGAAAAUGACUGGCUAUCUACCAUAUGCGCCAUCUCUACCACAACCCUUCACGGAGUCAGAUGUGCCGAACGCCCAUAGUAAUGGGAACCGAUGGUCUAGCUACAAAACGUCCUCGUCCGUCCGCUCAAUGCACUCAAAUACCACAACCAGCACAUCCUAUUCACACGAUCAUUUACCCAACAAUCUCCUUUUUGAUCCAACAGAGUUCCACUCAGUGGCUGCAUCAACCGAUCAGGCGUUGGUUCGCAGUCGAGCCAGCAGCUUGAUCGAGCACCUUCUUCGCACGGACCCGUCGGCUGUUGGGAGUUCAAACGAAAUGCGCGGCUCCACAUCUGUUCACCUGCCACAGUCCUAUUUGCCGAAUACCUUUCUCGGCGGUACCGUUCCGCAUUCGACUAACAAUCUGACGUGUGUUCGCUCAUCGUCAAUGGAUCAACCUUCGCACUAUUUUUUCACCUCGUCCUUACCACAACCUCAUCCUGUCGACAUGAGACCGCAUUCAAUGCAUACUAGAUCGACGACUCCGGAAGCUUGCUUGACGGAUACUGUUGCUGACCAUCCAAUUUUACCACUUCAUCUGCACAGCACCGGUCAUCAUCCCGCAUCCAGUUUUCAUCUUCCUUGGCAACACUACACUUCUCCGUAUCAACUGCCAGUGGGAGCGCCCUCAACUAGCCUAUAUUCUGGCUUUUCUGGUACUUCUGGCUUUUCAAUCCCACCGGUUAAUGCAUCUAUCUCACCCUUGCAUGACGAAACGCAAUCCGACUACGAAGCCACAUCGUCCAAAGCCACCUCUCUGCAUACCGGAAAUCCCAGCAGGUUCUUACCUUUUCUUGUGAAUUCCGCUCUAUCUCCGUCCACGAAUAGUUCAACCAGCUCUUCUACCAAAUCUUGGCGACCUCCGCAAUUAACACUAUCUGGGAGUGCAUUCACUUCUGCCACUCCGAUAGGGCACACUUCUGCCGUGGUGGAUGGUCGCUCAUUUGGACCUUUAACGCCUCCGACUUCUCUUUACUACUCCCCACUGCGUCAGCCACUGUGCGGUGCGUUCGAAAGUAGCGAAUGUGCCUUGGACACACCACCUUAUCAUCACAUUAAGCCAGAGCCACUUCCCGAAGCGGACGAGGCAGCUUCUAGCAGGGCUGCAUCCUCGGAAGACACCGACGGCAUAGGUAUCCUCGUGCGAUAUCACUCAUCUACUAGUUAUCCCACUUGUACUCAAUCUCAGGGUGCAUGUGGGACGAUGAGUUCACGCUUUGGCACGGAAUUCAACUACGAAGAGGAUGAAGAUCGCGAUAAAUUAGAACUAGAGCUAAGUCUCGAACUGGCCGAUCGAAUCGUUGGCUCCACCAGAUCCUCCACCACAACAGAAUCCAAAUAGACACCUUUUUUCACUGUGAGAGCAGAGGCUGUACCCACUUCAGAGAGUUUUCUUUCUCCGUCACACCAAUUCUCCUUUGUUCAUUCUUUUCUUCCUUUCUGCUGCUUUCAUCUGUCUCCAUCUAACCGGUACUCAAAUCUUGUUCCAAGCGCUGUCUCUGUUCAACACAGACAAGCUUGGUCACAGAAAAAGAAGGGGACAGUGCUCUAUACUCUUUAUAUCUUGCAUCUUGACUACUAUCGCUCCCAUCUCUGUGAUCCGUCACCCUCCUGUGACGGCAAAUCCAGUCAGGUUCAACCGUGCUUUCCGAAUUUCUAUGCUCGCUCCCCUCGGUUUAGCGAUAAAGUCUCUGUUCGAGUUUCAGCUCAUGUCGUCCAUACCGAUUUUGCUGUUCAUCCGAGCGAUCUUAUGCACGCUUCAUCUGUCAGCUAACCAGAAGUGGCUAUUUUUUCCGUGCGGCUGCUAUGAUCUUAUGUGGAAUAUUUUCUGACCUACGUUUGUACGUCGUUUUAUUCUCCUCUCUCAUCCCCAUUACUACUGCUUCCAUCGGCGUCACGCAUUUAGCCGAUCCAGCUAUUUCCGUACUUUCCUUUUUUUAUUUAUUCCUGCUGUGUCGCUGUUUUCCGUGUUGACACCGUUCCUCAGGACCCGUCUGUUUGUUUAAUAAGUCCAUUGCUCUGCUUGCUUUCCUUCCGCUUGUGUUUCGGUGAUGUGUGUGUGUGUGUGCUUGAUAGUAUUUAACUGUCCUCCACUUCCCCUAUGAUUGUCUGGCUUUUUUUGUGCGACUUUUGCUAACUGAACUUGAUCUUGCCUUUGAUCGCUGCCAUUUGUUUUUGGUUUAAUUCCAUAUGGCUUUCCUCUCUUCGUUGUUUUUCCACCAGUGAUUUGCAUCAUCCUCCCAGGGAAUGUUACUUUUUGAUAAUAUCGUCAUUCGACUUUUAUCCGAAAUUAUGACAGCAGAUGUUUUCUCUCCUCCACCGGUUAACCCAUUCUCCCCCUAUCCAUUUGCGAUGAAACCGGUUUCCCACAUGAGCGCCCAUAUUUUCUAUUGUCCUCCUCUUAUUUUUCAUCUUUCCUCUCGCAUAGCGUGAUGGAUUCGGUCGAUUUAUUGUUUUCUUGAAUCAAGCGCCUGUUUUCUUGCCACCUGGUUUUUUAUUGCAAGAAUGCUACACCUCUUUCCUACUUCGUCUCGACUACUCACGUCGCUCGUCAAUGUUUGUCACGCAUGGUUAUUCGUGCCCGCUUCUCUAUUUUUAUUUUGUUUUCCCCCUUGUCUCACAAUGAGCACUGCUUACACCAAGACUGAUUGUCAUCGUCGUUCUUGCAUGCGCCACCCUCUCGAUCUACUGGGCGCAGUCCUUGUUGCAAAAUCUACCUCCUAUCCCACUUUCACGAAGUGCUACUCCCUGUCAAGUAAGCGGCUUUUUAUCUUGCAGAGACGUUUCUUUCCCUACUUACUUGUCAUUGUUCUUUUGUACUACCAGAACUUCAUUCUGCCUCAUUGCACACUUUCCCCAGUGCUACCCGACUUCCUCCCUAUGAGUAUUAGUGACUCCAAUCCAGUCGCUUUUCGAGAUACAUCGGGUUUUUGGCGAGCCCACCCAGUACCCCGCUAACCAGCUGCACACUCAGGUAUAUCAACACUACGAUAGUGUUGUGUUCUCAUCCGCAACAUCACUCAGGAAUUGUUUUUUGCUGGUUGAUGUGCAGUUUCCUUAUUACCUACCUGUCUGCUCCGUUUUUCCUACCUCUCCAUGAAUUAUUCAUCUCACAAAUUUUUUGAACUUUCGGACCACGAUCACCAGGUGCAUCAAUAAAUGCUUUCGAGUACGGC